GCAAUGAGGAUCUCUGCCUCCGGUUCCAUUGAGAAAGUGCUUCCUUCUCGCCCUUUAGAAGUGAGUGAAAGCUGCUCCCAAUGCAAAUCCCAGCAUAUAAACAUCACGUUCACAUGUAUCGUAGCCCGAGUCGGAGUGUUGACAUUUGGACAUUUCAUUACAUCCUGGACACAUCAACGUCAUCCACCGUCUUGAUUCAAUCAAACAACGAAGAUUUUCUAUUAUUCCCUAUGAAUUAAAAAAGAACUGGUUGCCACCGUACGGGUACAACUACCAGUCAGUCUCAGCUGUGGCACGAAAGAGAAAACUACAGACACACAAGUAUUUUUAAUGGUGAUUGGCGAUGGUGGUUAUUAAUAUCAACACUUAUUUAAAGUGAACUGCUGAGAGUUCGAAUACAGACAGAUUGACGCAACGCAACUCUAACACAGUUUAGUCAUCUAACUGUUUUCUAUACAAUCAUUUAAUGUGCCAAUAUUUUACAUUUUAAUUACGAGCUAUUUGGUGCUUUAGUAAAUACAAAGUUCAUAUUUUUUUUUUGCUUAAAUAAGUGAAUUAAUUCAACCGACCCAAACUAAUGUUCACCAACCCUAAACACAAUCUUAUUUCAUUGCAAACCUCCUCCUCGAUUCACCAUUGCUAGGUUAUACGCCAUGUUUUGAUAUUAUCAUCACACCCACAAUAAUGCAAAAUUAUUUAGUCGCAAUGUAAUUAAUAGAGAACGGGUAAUUUUUUAUAGAUUAUUUAAAUCCUACUCUCAUGUUACUCUUGUAGAAUAAUUGUAUGUAUGUCAAAUUUUAUAUAAGCGAGAUGAGUCAUUAUUUCGUGGUAUUCUGUGGUGCUCCUUGAUGGUGUUAUCAAUUGUACCAGUAUUUAAGAACAAAACGUGACAUUCUAUAUUAUAUACAUAAAUCACUGCUACUUACUUUAGUCUUUUUACACGACCUAACCAAAGCAGUAUAUAUAAAAAAGAGAUUAUGGGAUCAAGAAUACGGGAUAGGAAAACAGUGAAAAGGAUUUUCGAGUGUUACAUUGUCAUUGAGCCACCUUGGGCCGAGGGUUCGUCUUCAGAGCCAGGCGGACAGAAUGGAGGGAGUGUCACAAAUGGGGGCAGAAGGUCUCCCGGAUUGUCAGACGGUGGGACGCCCAUCAUCAAGUCCGUUUUCCCUGCCAAUUAUAACCAUCCCAACAUUCUCAAGUCUGCAGCUCAAUUUGCUUUUCCAUGUCCAACGAAUUCGGGAACAGUUGAGCUUUUCACGUAUGUACUUACGGGGGAGGAUUCAAAGUGGACAUUUGGGUACUGCCGACAUCACAAUGGAUCGCAGUCUGGAGUAGUUUUUCUUACAUUUCUUCCGUGGCAAGAAAUUUUCUACAGACUGUUGAACUACUGCGCGGAGAUUGAUGAGGUCAAGGUGGUUGCGUUUUUGGAUCGACUGUACACAAUUCCAGUGCCAGAAUCUGGCACCUGUUUGUAUGUCCCAACGAGUUCAAAGCCAUUCAUUUGUCCCGUGGCCCUAUCAAGUGAUCUCUCUUUGCCUUCCAUUCCGGAAAAUAGAAACGUCAGCGAAUUUUAUAAUGCUCUUGGUACGGAAUCCAUGCUAGUGUUGUUUACGGCCCUAUUAUCCGAGAGAAGAAUUGUCAUUACCUCAAAGAAGUUGUCAAGACUUUCUUCAAUAGUGAUGGCCUGCAACUUAUUUUUAUUCCCAUUCUGCUGGCAACAUAUUUUCAUUCCAGUCUUACCGAUGCAACUUUCCGAUUAUUUGUCAGCCCCAAUGCCGUUCCUAAUUGGGGUUCCCAUUUUUGUGUGGGAUCGUCUGCCCCCAGAGUCGCUAGGUCAGCUUGUUAGGGUGGAUGCUGACUCAGACACUGUGACUUCUCCAUUCCCAGAGGAUUUGGAUUCCUUGCCUCAUGAUGUGGGUAGCCUUUUACGAAAAAAUUUGACAGGAGAACGCGUAUUAGGGGAUGGACUUGCUCGAGCAUUUCUGAGAUCCCUGGCUCAAGUAAUGGGACAUUAUCAAGAAGCAAUCAGAGAUGAUGAUCAAAGUUUUGACUCUGAGCUCUUUGUACAAUUCGCUCAUCCAUCCCACAGACAAUUCAUUACAACAAAGCUGUUACGACUUCAAAUAUUUCAACAAUUUAUAGAAGAUAGGCUGCUAAAAAUACGAGCUGGAGAAUGCGAAUCGGACGAAUUUGAAUUAGAAGCACUGGGCUGGCGAGCUACUCGUACAAAUGGAAGAAAUGGUUUUCCAGUUUUUAAGAGUAUAUCUGGAAGUCAAAAUCGAACUGCAAUAAAGAAAGCAGGGAAAGCUGUGAUAAUGAGCGUUAAAAGAGAAAGUGGAAACAUUAUUGAAAGUGUGAAACAGAAUUCUGCUCUAAAGUCUGCUCUAAGACAGGUAAAGGAGGGUGGAAAAUCUGUGAAGCAAAAGAGUCACAUCGCUGUUUCAGAUAUAAAGUCAAAAUUCCAUGUUCCAAGUUCGUCUCGAAAUCCAGGAUCGACGGACUCAACAAGUCACAACGACCAAGGUUCAAAAAUGUAUGCCAGAUACCCAAACUCGAUGAGAGCGAUUCAAUCGGAAAAAGCACUAGAUCCAUCCAAAUCUAUGCACAUGUUGGGUGAUACAAGGGAUGACAACUUGCUACAUUUAAUGUCCUUUUCUUCAUCUGCAUCAACCAUGACUGACCUAAGCAAGAAUGCAGAGAGUGACAAAAUCAAGGUUAAACCCCGAUUAAGUAGAUCGGAGGAAAACCUUAUAGAUCUGGACUGUCCAACCGGACUUGGGUUCACGUUGGAAAACCCCUUGUAUGACUUGGUCUCUAACAAUUCUGUAUUUGAAGACAGCAAGACGGAUGCACAAUUGUUGCUAGAGUAUGGGCUGAGCGACUAUUUUAACCAAAUGAAUCUGACCAGUGAUAGCGACGCCAAUGAUAAUAAACGAACAACGUCGGACAAUUUCGAAUUAGAGUUUGGUGCAUCUCAGAAUUCAACCACAAGAAAUUCAACUACAAGUAGUUCGAGUCAAAAACGGUUAAGUACGAAUAUGAUGGGAGGACAACCCUCGUCCUCCUCUAGUUGGGCGACUUUUGAUUGAUUGUUAGUUGAUAUAAUUAUAAUACUUAUAAAAUAACAGUCGAAGAAUUUCAAACAAACUACUCUUCUUGACUAAUUACCACUCGAACCUCGAACUAUUACUGCUGCACUCUCUCUCUCUCUCUCUACGCAGCAUAAUUGAGGAUAUUUAACAAAUAUUAUGAUUUUCUACAAUUUUGCACACGCGUGGUUUAUGUUAGGUUAAAGCAACAACUUUUUGCAAUCUCUACAUUUUUAAUAUUUAAAAUAGUAAUAACAUAUAGUCAAUAACACUAACUGUAUAAACUACUACACUGACAUCAUUUCAUAGAAACGAAUAUUGCAUGUAUUCUUAUAUAAUUAAUAAUAGUUUCUAAUAAUGGUAGCGAAACCAAUAAAAAUAAUGAUGCUCCAGUUACA